CAGAACACGAUACCAAGCUACACAGUGUGCCUUACCCCUACGGUGCGAACAGUUGUUGUAAGAACGCAACCUGCUACCUCAGUAAGUUUACUCGUUAAGCCGGCGAAUCGAAACGACAGUGCGGGUGAAAAACGAGGAAAAUUCAGUAAAUCAACGAAAAAAGAAAAAAAAAGGAAAACUACAAGACAACAUGAAAUUCAUCACCUUGGCAGUUUGUUUCCUCGCCAUCCUGGCCGGCGUCUUUGCCCAGGAUUAUUACAGACAACUAUAUGCCGAAAUUGGAUCCUACCCUCAGAGGAGUUCGGGCCUUAGGGACCCCCGAUCUAACCGAGGUCCAGUCGUAUUUCCCGCCGGUCCACCGUCACCCAGCGAUGAGACAAGCGGCGUGAUCGUCGGUGCUAGUGGCUACGGAUUUGUACCCCCAGGUAACCAGAAAUACUGAGAUCUUCGCCAAGGUUGCAGGGAGUAAUUAAGGAAAAUAUGAAUCAACGAAAAAUGGCAAAAUUCAGAGCGUCGCGUCGAUCCGAAUGCGGGGAAACGACGCUAAGAUUCGAUUCCGCGCAUUCCUAACAUACGUUGUAUAAAAAAAACAUACGUCCGUACAUAUGCAUAUGUGUACGGCAUACACACACACACAUGAACAUACAUGAAACACUUGGACGCUGUCUAUCUGUAUAAUAUUUUUUACAAAUUAUAGACGAAUUAAUUAACACUCUCUCUCUCACUCACACGGACAUUCGCAAGCACAAACAAGUCACACUUUCACAAGCACUUAUUUAUAAAUAAACGCUAUUUAUGUUAUCAUUA